AUGAAUAGCAGGUCUGUUCCAGCAGCUGCGCGUCCUGGUCCAGCGAAGAGAGAGUCUCUGGGAGCGUGGAGUGCCCCACUUCGUGCGCCGUCUGCAAGGAAGAGACCUGGGGGCAAAAGGAUGGCCUCGGAAGGGGAGAGCAUCAAUCUUCAAGGCGUGAAUCCUCAGCUCCGGAUUAACGGACCAAUGAACAUCAACCACUAUGCAACGAAGAAGAGCGUGGCGGAGAGCAUGCUGGACGUGGCACUGUUCAUGGCGAACGUCACCCAGCUCAAAGCGGUGCUGGAGCAGGGGGCUUCCUUCCAGUACUAUGCCACCCUCAUCGUGCUCAUCAGCAUCUCCCUCUUCUUCCAGGUGCUGAUUGGGAUUCUCCUCAUCAUUACCGCUCGUUUGAAUCUGAAUGAUGUUGCAAAGCAACCCCGCCUGAAUGUACUCAACAACACUGCCACAGCUCUCAUCUUUAUCACAGUCAUCCUCAACAUCUUCAUCACAGCCUUUGGGGUGCAGAAGACUGGCCUCUACCCUACCAGGAAUUUUCGACCUUAUUAAGUCAUGGGGCAAUGGAGUCAGGUAAGAAAGGGCUCUCCUUCUCUAUGUUUUCACUGACCUCAGCAGAAGCCCAUCGAUGAAUCCAGAGACCUGGGUUAAAAUUUCAAAACUGUGUGUGUGUCAUGGUAUGCUGGCCCCUUACCAUAAUGCUUUUGCAGAUCUGAAGGGGUGAAAACAUUGCCUUUCAAAGCUAGAGCAAACUUUGCUAGAGAAAGCUGCAGGAAGAGCAGGAGGUAGACAAUUUCAAAGCACAGUUCUGUAAAUCUCAUCUCUUAUUUUAGUUGCCUGCUUCACGUAUUCAAUAUUGGCUCAUUUUGUAGAGAAGAUGAUUGAAUGAUUUACUUUGUAGGCUUAAAUAAACAAGAAAAGUCCAGCUUUUUUGUCUCAAGCAU